AUGUCUGUCCGGAGGAACGUGCGUCUACGCCGCGAGUACCUGUACCGCAAGGGACUUGAGGGAAAGGAGCGUGCGCUGUAUGAGCACAAGCAACAGCUGAAGGAGGCCAUCCGCAGUGGCAAGGCCAUCCCGACUGAGCUGCGCAGCGUCGAGUCCAAGCUGCGUCAAGAGAUGGAGUAUGAUGACGAGGCCCACGAGAAGCCGCUCAACCACAUCGAUGAUGAAUACAAAAAUGCAGGGAUGUUCGACCCCAAAAUCGCCAUCACCACGUCACGUGACCCAAGCUCGAGACUCAAGCAGUUCGCACAGGAAAUCCGCCUCAUCUUCCCCAACGCCAUUCGCCUUAACCGCGGUGCCCACACUGUUGGAGACUUGGUGGAGAGUGCGAGAUCCAACGACUUUACAGAUCUGCUGUUGGUCACGGAGACGCGUGGUGAACCAGAUGGUCUGGUGGUGUGUCACUUGCCGUACGGACCCACGGCCUAUUUCUCACUGAGUAACACAGUGCUGCGUCACGAUAUUGAAGACCGUGCCACUAUCUCCGAGGCGUAUCCACACCUCAUUAUCAACCAGUUCGAGACGCCGCUAGGAAAGCGUGUUGCCAACAUUUUAAAGCACUUGUUCCCAGUGCCCAAGCCAGACGCCAAGCGCGUUAUUACGUUGUCCAACGACAACGACUUCGUGUCGUUCCGUCACCACGGCUUCAAGGUGACAGGACGGGAGGUGGAGUUGCAGGAGUGUGGCCCUCGCUUCGAGUUGCAGUUGUACCAGGUGAAGCUUGGCACGCUCGACCAGAAGGAGGCUGAGAACGAGUGGGUCUUGCGGCCGUACAUGAACUCUGCUAAGAAGCGUCGUGUGCUGUAG